CUCUCCUGCCUGCUCCCACCACGCGAUCUUGCUCCUCCUGCUGGCCUCAACCCGAAGUUUCAUUUGCCUUGGCCGGGCCUGAUACCGAGCAGGUUCUCCGUGACAACAUGAACAUCCCAAACAUCCCCUUGCCCAGGGGUAUGAACUACCGGAAGUACAUCAGACAUGGCCGGAGGUUGUACAACCUCAUCAAGGGCAUGUUCAACUAGAUGCUGGAGCAGCUGUCUGUGCGGAUGGAACGAGCGGCGGGUAUGGCAUUGUUCGACCGUAAACCGGGCUCUUCUCGGCGGUUGAUGGAUCCUUAGGGACCAUAUCAUACGCGGACUGGUGUUGCAACACGACCACAUCGAGGACACGUAGUUUGGAGAAAGGGAAUGAAGUCGUGGAAGCAACGGUCACCGCCAAAGCGGGUUGGUUUGUCGUCCCAGUAGCCUUCGCAGGGUUUUAACAUGUUAGAUGAAGCAUGCAGUCCGGAAAAUUGGGGUUUAUUAUUUGUCGGGAAGGCGGUCCGGGAUGCUUCAUCAUUUUAGAAACAUCUGGCGCUACUGCAGCGAAAGUGUGGGAUAGGUGCAGAGGAGCACGGCUUGUAGCUGCAUUUACGUCUGAUUAUUAUUCACCAUAUUCUAGGGAUUCCACCUAAAAAACGCACGAAAAAAACGUGUUUGGAAAAACGUGUUUCAGAAAGUGACGUUUGAAAAAUCGUGUUUCGCUGUCUCCCCGCUAGUGCCGGUUGGAACCCCCCCCCCCCCGUGCUCUUGAUGUUUGUUCGGACAUCAGUACCCCCUCUUUUUUUUAUUUUUCCGCAAACACGGAACACGCGGCGGCGUGAUUUGGCGUGAUGUUGGCAAGCACGCGCGUUGACGUCCUGAAGCAAAUGGCGCGCCUAUAGCGUGGUAAGAUUCGGCAUGAGAGGCAUGGUCAAAUCAUGCAGAUGAAUACGGCGGCUUUGCUGUGUGCGGUGGCUGCAGAGGAGGAGCUUUUCCUCGUCCUGGCGGUAGUGGCAAUGCGGCAACUCCAAUCAAUGCGUUCCCAACUCAAACCACGCUCGCAACUCGAACCACGCCGCCGGGUGAACUGUGCUAACCCUGACUUCCAAGCACUUGACCGCUGAUGUGACUGAUGAUUGCUACCUCCCUCAAGGGGCGGGGAUGUACACGAAGUCUGCCGUAGGAGAGGCGGCUACCGCG